AUGAUGCGGCAUCGCAAUAUCCGAAUCCUCUCUAUCCGCAUCGCGACGUACAACGUGAACGACCGCGUCCCGCCGUCCGGCACGAAAGAGCUUGGUCCGCUGGUCGGCCACGGGCAAGACGACAUCAUCGUCGUUGGACUGCAGGAAGCAGAUCUGCGGAGCUCGUCCAUGCUGGUUUCGCAAGGCGGCGACCGUGCUGCCGCGUGGGAGGAGGCAAUCUUCAACGGAUUCGGCGACAACCGUGACCUGUACGAGAAGGUCGAGCUUGUGCAGUACGUCGGCGUCGCUCUGUUCGUAUUCGCGCGGAGCGAGAUCCGCACCGAAAUUCGGCGCUGCGAGACGUCUUCCCGCGGUAUCGGGCUUCUCGGCUUUGGCGGUAACAAGGCUGGAGUCGCGGCCCGCAUGAAGAUUUACGACACUACCCUCGAGCGCCGGCGGUACGACUACUACUCCCUUCUGAACGGCCUUGGCUUCCCCGCACCGACAACGACGGGCGGGGCGAGUCAGGCUCUGGAGCCGUACUGGCCCGCGAAGGAAGGGGACAUGCUCCGGGUUGACGAUAGCGAUGUUCUGCUGAUCUCCGACAUUGAGGACUCCAAGUCAUUCAUCGGCUUCAAGGAGGCGGACAUUAACUUCCGGCCCACGUUCAAGUACGUGCACGGCUCCGUGACGCUGGACCCGAAGCGAGCGCCGGCGUACACCGACCGCAUUCUGUACAAGACACGGGACACGACUGUCGUGCCGAAGAGCUACAAACCGGACGAUCUGCUAUGGAGCGACCACCUGCCACUCGCAGGAGUGUACUCGCUCGAUGCUCACGUGCUCGAUGAGUCAAAGCGCAGCGAACAGCUCGUCAUGGCGCAAUGCGAGCUCGACCGCCUCGACGAGUUGUACCGCCCGAGCCUGGACGUUGUUGAAGGUGACCUGGAGUUCGGAGAGCCCGUGCGGCGAGAACUUACCUUGAAGAACAACGGGCGUGUGCCAGCCUCGUUCUCGUUCCGCACGCCGUCAGAGGGCAAGCCCAUCUGCCAACCGUGGUUCUGGCCGACGCCGUUCAAGGGUGUUGUUGAGAGCGGUCAGGAACUCAAGAUUGUCGUUGUCGCCGAUGUAGACGCGGAGAGCACGCUGUCUCUCGACGUUGAGAAAGACAUGAACGUCGAAGAAGGGAAAGAGUCCUUCAUCUCGCUAUGCGGUCAGUUCGUUCCAACGACAACUGGCGUCGCCCUCGACUUGCUGCCUCGCCUUCCGGGUGCGAUCCAGAAGCUGCCGCUGGCAACGCGGAAAGACCUGCUCGGUCCCGCCGGUGACGCGCGCGAGGCAAGCACCUACUCCGAGACCGGCACGCCGACAAAGGGCAAGCCGCCGCGAGAGAUCUGGCGCCUGCUCGAGCACCUCAUGGGCGUCGGCGAAAUUCCGGACCUCUUCACUGGCACUGUUCCCCUGGACGAAGCCCUCGCUGUGAUCGACGCACUCGACUCUGGGGCGGACAUCGAGGGCAGCCCAAGAGCGGUCGCCCACGCCCUCCUGCUCGUGCUGUACAAGCUGCCCAGCCCCCUGAUCCCGAAGGAGGUGCAUGUGCUGUGCAAGAUUGUCAUGACGCGCGACGAAGUGUACGCCAUUGUGGAGAAGAUCCCGGGCGUCAAUGCCAAUGUUCUCAUCGGUGUCACAAGCGUGGUGCGAUUGUGUAGCGGUGACAAGGUCGACGAUGCGACUGUGAAGGCGCUGUCGAUGGCAGUCUUUGGCGGCCCGACGUCGUUCAUGGAGCCGUUCGUCAAGGCGCUGCUCGAGGGAUAA